AUGUACUUCUGAAACUUGUGUUCAUUUUUAGCGCCAAUGAUGUACUAAAGUAAGUUGGAACUAUCGUAGAGGUGGCUUUUGUGAGACGCAGAAAUGACACCGUCUAGAGAAGGCAUGCCAACUCUUAUGGACAGAACGAUGCGGAUGAGAAGAGAGGAGCAAGCGCGCCAGGUGGUUCUUGCCUGGGCUGUUCUAAACGUGUCCCUCGCUGGAAUGAUUUACACAGAGAUGUCUGGAAAGCUUCUCAGUAGGUAUUACAACAUAUCCUACUGGCCUAUCUGGUAUAUUGAACUGGCCCUGGCUUCUCUAUUUAGUCUCAAUGCACUGUUUGACUUCUGGAAAUACUUCAAGUACACCAUGGCACCCUCUACCAUAGUGCUCUCUCCAGAGCAACACCGUCUUCUAGGCCUCAGGAACUCAGGCAUUCAGGUGUCUCCACCUCAGAAACCUGAGAAGAGGGAAGAUCCAGUCCCAGCCCAGUCAUCUCCUCUUCAGGGCCAGAAUGUUCUUAGUUUCAGCCCCUCACGACCUUCCAGUGCAAGUCCCAAAUUCUCCCCCAGCUGUGUGUCUGGGUAUAGCCCCCCACUGAGCAGCGCAUCCUCUCCAAACAGUGGGGCACCCUUCUCUCCCUCUCUUGCUUUUGGCAAGGUGAUAAGCUAUAGCCCUAGUCCCAGCUCCUCCCCGAUUCCCAGCAGUCUGGGCCCGACAGAGGGCACCAGUCUGCGUACCCGCUACCGGACCUCCCCUUCAGUGUUUAAUUCUCCCGGAGGGAAAGAGGACUACAUGGAGGACCUAAAGACCCUGGAGAGGUUCCUCCGCUCUGAGGAGGAGAAAAGCCACCGCAGUCAGCUAGGGAGCCCAGAGUCAGCAUCACCAUCCCACAGUCCAACUUUCUGGAACUAUAACCGUACUGUAGGAGACUAUGCCCAGAGUCUGAGAAAGUUCCAGUACCAGCCCGCUUGUCGCUCUCAGGCCCCCUCUGCACACAAAGACGAGACUGAUCUGGGUUCCAAACAGGCCGCUGAAGAGGUGUGGGCGCGAAUCACAACCAGCCGAAUAGUUGUGGACAGCAUUGACAGCUGGACAGCCAAACUACGAAAUUGGAUUAAUGACACCAUACUGGUGCACUUGGUGAAGGAGACAGACUCAGUCAACAGCCAGCUCAGGAGAAUGGGCUGCCCUGAGCUCCAGAUUGGAGAGGCCAGUAUCAGCAGUCUAAAACAGGCUGCAGUAGUCAAAGCCUCCAGUAUCCCCACCCUAAACACUAUUGUACAGUACCUGGACAUAACUCCCAACCAGGAAUACUUGGUGGAGAGGAUCAAAGAACUGGCUCACAGUGGCUGUAUGAGCUCCUUCCGCUGGAAUGGGGGCGGAGACUUGAAGAACAGGAAAUGGGACACUGACCUCCCCACUGACUCAGCCAUCCUUAUGCAUGUGCUGUGUACAUACCUGGAUUCCAGACUCCCUCCUCACCCAAAGUACCCAGAUGGCAAAACCUUCACAUCACAGCACUUCAUACAGACACCUGACAAACCUGACAUGUCCAAUGAGAACCUUUUCUGCAUUCAUCAAAGCAGCAGCAACCCUCCUCACUACCAGCUUGUCUAUCAGGGCCACAUAUACAGUCUGCCUAAGGGUCGAAACAACCUGUUCCACACUGUACUCAUGUUUCUCUUCAUUAUCAAAACCAAAGAGUCGGGCAUGCUAGGGAGAGUAAACUUGGGCAUGUCUGGGGUCAACAUUCUGUGGAUAUUUGGAGACUGAUUUGAAUGUCUGCAAAAAAAAAAAAAAAAACAGUGCAAAGUGCCAUUGCGCUUUAAGUAGUGAUUUGUCUCCACUGGGAAUAAGAAUAAUGCAAACAAAAGGUGGAUUGUUUUAGUCCUUUAAAGCAAUUUUUCUCAGUUUCAGUCCUGGGGUCUGAAAAAGGCAACACAUCUUUUCUCUAGUCCAGCACCAUCCCAACUGAUAUGAUUUCUCUACUGAACAGAGCUCUUUUUUCAUCUACUAGACGUGCGUGCUCUUGGUCAUACUGUGCAGUUUACUAGGUCCCCAUUACUGGAGAUGAGAAACACUGCUGUUAAGGAUGUAGGAUUUUAACUUCUUUACUGAACAAACCAUUUGUAGCUUGGAAUUCCAGCACACUGUAAAUCUAUUCUUUGUAUAUAUGUGUGUUUUUAGAGAUAGUGAAUCAUCAGAAAUUAGGCCUUUUGUAUGAUUCCAUGUUGUGUAUCCUCAUUCAGUUUGUCAGCAAAACCACAAGAACUGGGUUUGAAUGUAUGUAUGUAUGUAUGUAUAAGUUUUUUCAUAUUACCUGAAUGAUAGCUGUGUAAAUCUGUGUUUAAUUUCACCACUUGUUCAUUGGAAGACAGAAUCCAUGCCUAGCACAAUAGAGACAAUGAGAAGCAACCAGCCAGUCCAUUUUCUUAAUGGUUUUGUAACAAAAUAAAUUUCUGAUGAACAGAAAUUCUGUGUAUAUUAAGGGCUUUAUUACUCCCACUGUCAUAGCCUUUAGAAUAGUGAAUUAUACACAGUGGUGGCAAUUUUUGACUAAGACACCAAAAGACAACAAUAUCUAUGUACAUUUGUUUGUG